GCACACAAAUCUAAUGUUGAGCUACUGAUGGAUGAGUGCAUUAAUGCUGCUAUUACACCAGUGCACUUUCAACGUGAUGCCGAAGAAGCAUCUGCAACGAUACCAUCAUUACAAAAUAAAAGUGGAUAUUAUACUAUGGCUGGAAUUCUAGAUUUCCUGCAGCUUGAAUGGUCAAGAAUGCAACUAGAGCGCACACAGUGGGAUGUUGAAAGGGCAGAAUUACAGGCGAAGAUAGCAUUUUUACAGGGCAAGUUUAAAGGACUUGAAAAUUUGCGGAAUGAUCUUAUUCGUCGAAUCAAGAUGUUAGAAUAUGCUCUAAUUCGAGAAAGAAAUAGCAAAACUCAAAAUGAACAUUCCAAAGAAAAAGAAGAGGCUAUGAUCAGUCUGCAUUUCACCAGAUCUGAGUCUGUUUCAGAUCACUCAAGAACAAAUAUGUCCAGUGGAAAUGGUCAACUAAGCAAGUAUUUGACUGACCCAACUUUUCAUAGCACUUCCCCGGGCUCUGAUGAUUCAAUAACUUGUGGCUUGUCUGAAAUCAAUCUGUUAGCUAGUGAUGACUUUGAAUCGGAAGCGCAACAAAUUACUGUUUCUCCUAAACAUGAGGAUUCUGAUUCAAAGAGUUUACAACAUUCACUGGAAAUUGUUUUGGAAAAUUGUAGCCUAAAGCAGAGCAAACAAUUACAGGAUGAGUCACUUGACUAUAAUUUAUCUAAUAGUUCCAGUUUUGAUUAUUUAUCAUUUAUGAAUGAAUCUGAUCUGACUUCAACAACAGAACCACAGAGUGUUAUAGACCCAGAAACUGCUGAAGCUCUUUUAGAAUUCGAACAACUUGUUGCACAAAGUACAUAUUUGGAUAAAAAUCCUGUAACAGCCACAUCACGCCUGUCUCAUCAUUCCUCACUUCUUUUCAAUAUGAAUCUUAAAGAAAAUUCAAGCAUAUCAGACACAAAUUUAAUCAAGACAACUUCACUGGAAGAUAAUUCAGGUGUUAAACGAACUGUUCGUAAUGAUCGACUGACAAAUUUCGAUGCAGUUGAAGAUGAAUUAGAUAAUAUUGUAUCCAACUAUAAUGUAGUAAUCAGUGAAGAACAACAAGAAAGUUUGUCUAGAAAUGAAUUGUUAAGCAAUGCUACAACAAAAGUAUUAUCAAAUAAUCCAAGUGGAACAAAUGAAUCAACUAUCAGAUUAGAAGAUUUAGCAAAUCUAACCAACUUGGCAAAUGAAUUGGACUCUAAUCAAGCGCAUGCAGUAGCUGUGGCAAUGGAUAAUUUAGACGGUAUGGGUGAUUGUAUUACAAACAAAUCAAAAGAAAAGAUUUCCAGUACUCCGACUACAAAUACAUCAUUACCAAAUUCUACAACAUGGACAGCUAAGUAUACACUUCGUAGUCAUUUUGAUGCUAUCCGAGGGAUCACUUUUCAUCCAAAUGAACCAGUUUUGGUUACAUGCAGUGAAGAUCAUACACUGAAACUGUGGAAUUUAAAUAAAACUAUUCAAACUAAAAAAUCCUCUAUAUUUGAUGUUGAACCAAUAUACACAUUUCGUGGUCAUAAUUCACCAGUCCUAUCAAUCACUAUGCUUGUCGGUUUAUCCAAAACUGAGAGUUCAUGUCAAUCUGGAUUACUAUCACCUGCUUACAUAUAUUCUGGUGACUUAUCAGGUUGUAUACGUAGCUGGUGUGUACCCAGUUUACAAUUAGAUCCUUAUGAUACUUUUGAUUUAUCAAUAAUGCGUCCUUCUCUUGAAGGUCAUACGGAUGCUGUUUGGUCACUUUGUUCACGUUAUGAUGGAUUGCUGUUGUCAACUUCAGCUGAUGGCACUUCUCGCCUUUGGCAUCUGUUUUCAAACUUAUCCACUUCCUCUGAUGUAUAUUUUAUCAGUAACAUGCUCAACAAACACGAAUAUCCAUCUGUAUGUAAUUCAAUCCCUACAUCCGCCACAUUUUUGUGGACUAAUUUAAUGCAUUUUGCUGCAGGUUUCACUUCAGGUCAUGUAUGCAUAUUCAAUUUGGAAACAAAUCAAAUUGUUAGAAAUUUCCAAUCAAUUAGUAAAACAGACGUCAGUGAUACUCUUCAAAACAGAUCAAUUUACUCUGUGAAUUCUGUCAUUUCUCAUCCUCAUUUCCCGUUAAUAAUUAGCGCUCAUGAUGAUCGCCAAAUUCGAUUUUGGGAUUCACUCAGUGGUAAAUGUGUUCAUUCGUUGACUGCACAUUUGGAUUCAGUAACAACACUUAGCAUAGAUUCCAAAGGAACAUCACUUCUCUCAGCAAGUCAUGAUUGUUCAAUUCGCAUAUGGGAUAUCAAUACAAAGACAUGUAUUCAAGAGAUAACUGGUCAUAGGAAAAAAUUUGGUGAAGCUAUUAACAGUAUUGCAUUUCAUCCAACCCAUCAUUAUAUGGCAAGUGCAGGAUCAGAUGCACUGGCAAAAGUAUACAUUUGAAUCAAGAAAGGCUGACACUAUUGACUUAAGCUUUUUCUAUAUUUAACUGUGUGAUGUAUAUAUUCCUUUGUAUAUCACUUGAGACCUUCAACCCAGCACUAUUUAUUCAUUUCAUCUUUUUAUUUUACUUUAUAAUAUUGACUUCUGGUUUAAAUAAUGGAUACAGCUGACCUAGUCAAAUUUUAUUCUUUUUCUCUGACUAAGUCACAACUUACAUCAAUAAAUAUGGAGUGGAUUUUUUUGUCUGUCUAUAAAUGUAUUUCUAUUUUUCAUCGGUGACUGUAUGUCAUAUUCUUUUAUACAAAUUCUGGAACUUAUUUUAUCAGUAAAGAUGUACAUUAUUUCUCUCGUGGGUUUUUCCAUCUAAUACCUUUACAGGAUGUCUGCAAGUUUGUAGCUGAAAUACAUUAAGUAUCGUACAGUUUUUCCGAUUCAUAUCUUUGCACACCGUUAAGGUGCAUGUAGCCCAUGACUUAGUGGGCAUAAACACUUUGUACUAGGUUGUGUCAUUUUAAAAAAGUUGUAGAGUAGUCAGCUCAUACUAUUCUGCCAUGUGUAUUAUUCAUGCUCUAUCCAAGUACACAGUAAAGCAUAAGCUAUUAUCUCAUAACUCAAUAAUUCGCUUACAGUAACAUUGAAAUGAGUCAAGAAAGAGAACUCGACUCAGAAUAACGGAGACCUUAUGAGACCGAAAUUGUAGAACAAGACCUGAACUAUUUACAUAGUAGUCACUGGGUACAAGGGGAAUUUCUUAUUGUAGUAUUUGGUGGAGUCGGUCCGUCACUGCUAAACUUAUUUGUAUUGUUAUUGGUGACAGGCUUAGGUGAUCUAAUGAAGGUUGUAGGAACCUAGAAGUCUGAAAAUGUGUGAAGGAUACUGGAUAUAGUUUCGACGGGAUACUCUAAUCCAGAGACAUCAAUGGAUAGAAGUCGUUUUCCUACUCUUUACCUGAAAUUUUCCAUAUUGUGUCAAUGACAGAUAUGUGUGUAAUCAAACUGAUCGAAACGUGUUGAGCACACACAUUACACGAGCCAGAUAUAUUCCGUCUUUUUUAUUGUUGCCAUGUUACAAAAAGGGGACUUAUUGUUUUGAGCUCAUAUUUGUUGCGUUUUGCUAACGCGACUUUUAUUGAGAGAACAUGGACUUCAUUUGUCUUUUCAAAUGAAAAUAUUUGACUACAGUUCCAGAAAAUGUCCGAAAUCCCAUUAUUCUGUGCUUGACCGUUCGAAUUCCAACUAUCAACUUGUAAUCUGAACACUGUUCACUUCGUUAGAGUUAGAGUUACACAACCUAUGGUGUUGAGUCCCUCAUUUCUGAUAAAUUGUCGUUCUCGUCCACACCUUAACCUAUUUCAAGGAUAUUCGUCUGAUCAUAGAAUAAAUAUCGCUUGUCAGCGAUUGAUUACUACUGUUUCUCCCAAGUUAAGCUGGCUUGCAUCAUUUUGAAUCCAUGUUAUCUGUUUCUUUUGCUAACUUUGUCUCAACUCGAUAAAAGUAUGUGAACUCUGUUUAAUUCAUACAUCUUGAUACUGUUUGUGUACGUUAAUGCGAGCGGCUGUAUAAGGAUCCCAUUUAUUUUCCUAUUCAAUCACAAAUAUUUGACAUGAAAGAUGUUUCUUUUGGCUCACAUACUCGUCUAUAAUGUAUAUAUAAAUAACUGGAAAUAAAUUCGUGGAAAUCGCAUCCUCUCACCUCAUAUCCUGUUUGUGUUCAAAGCAAACAAAACUGCAAACGUACUUUUUCAUGCUCAGCCAUGUCUGAAAUCCCAGGUCAGCAUCGUGCAGUCUACACCCUAAUUUACGUAGUAAUGCAAUGAUUUGACUACUAUCAGCAUAUGGUAAAACAAACAAUGUAAGCGAAGAAAUAUUUCUUUUCAAUUAGUUCCUCAUCAAUGGCUCUACACUAAUAUAGCAUUUUCAAACGUAAAAUUACAUACUAAUCUAGUGGUGAGAGUUGUUCAAUGAAAAGUUAUCAAUCUCAAAGUAUCAAGAAGCUGAUAAUUGAUCAGGUAAUUAAGACAGUUAACUAAGGCAAAGAUUAAUUAUGGUAGAAAGAUUUUGUGAACAGGUUCUUACACAAUUGAUAUUUUGUAUAAUGAUAACUAAAGAGCAGAAAUGAACUGUUACGUAAAAUGGUAAAUUGUUGACGGUAAUUAGAGACAGUAGGGGGAGAGAGAGAUGGUUAAGUCUGUAAUAAUAAUAAUAAUAAUGGCGCUAUUGAAAUAUUAGUUAUAGUGAAUUGUGUGGUGGAUGAAAUGAAGAAAUAUUUCUUCGCUCACAUUGUUUGUUUUACUAAAUGUCUAAAUGGGAAUUUUCGCACUAUCAGCAUAUAGUUGUCAAUAAGAAAGGAACUAGGACAAUAGUUGUAUGCCACAGCUAUCACUAGUACUCUGAGUGAUUUAAACAUUGCUAGCAGUGGAUACAAGCAAUACUGGAGCACCCGGUGGUGGAACGGAGCAGCAGGAUAUCCUCAUGCCGGAACACACUUUUUGCAGUCAGAAGACCGGACCGCUCGCCAGUACUGGGAAUAAACACUUUGUUCUGUCUAGAAAAUUUGGUCGCAUCUGUCACAGCAAUAGCAUACAACUAAACACAUGAAAAUCUUCGAGUCCCUUCAAUGACUCACACGCAGAUACAUCUACAUUUAUCUUAGAAAAGUAAUCCACGUUUGUGCUUUAAAUUACGUAUUAAACUAAUGGACGCUAGGCUUGUAAGUGCACAUUUUAAGCUUAUCAUCAUUUUGAAAUCUGGUCAGACAAAAUUAAAUCAACCUUAAUACACAUAUUUCAUUAUGGUUCUUUUGAACAGACUUAGGUUUUAAGCUUUGCAAAAGAAACAGUAUUUUCCCUAAAUUUAUUCUCUAUUCAUUCUAGGGGAAAAUGUUCAGGAUUUUUUUUUGGUUGUGGGCAAUCGGUAUUAGCAUGGUGCAUAAUGCUUUCAGCUGUAGCGCGCGGUAGCGAUUGGGAAGACACCGUAAUUUCUAAUCCCAACCGCAGUUUGUAGACGGUUGGCUGACACAUAAAUUAGCUUUCAUGUUUCUUACUACAAUGCAUUAGGCAAAACACGUUGCAUAAGUCUCGACAACAUAUGAGACACUUGGUUUACCCAGUUGGGAAGUUAGUUGAAAAGCUAAGAGAAGAAUAUCAAAUCUGACAAAACUAAACAGUGAAGUAAAAAAUUAACUGUUCUACUAAAUCCACACAACACCGAUUUACAGGUGUAUACCACAGUAACGUUUUUAAGCGAUGUAUACGACUUUUGUUGACUGGUUGAAAAAUAUACCCUAGUAACCUUCCUAACCGAAACUCCAUAGUCCCAAAUCGUGAACAAAAUAUGCAACUGAAAAUGAAGGUACAUAAUUACCAGACUGUGGAAACAAGUCCAUACUUUCGUAAAACGAAUAAAACUUGGUAUGAUAACCAUUGAUUGGGAAACUCGUCCACGUAGAUGACUUGUGAGACCACAGCUGCUCAAAAAUCUUUAGACGACAGCACUGCAGUAAACGAAUUGUGCACGCAAACCGCAUAGACAGAAAUAUGGCAUGAUCAACGUGGUUAAGGGAGUCACGUUCAGAGAUGUCAACUGCUAAGCGAUUUUUAAUCCACUUGGUACGGACAACCGGUAAUCAACAACACUUGUCAUCAGUAAAACUAGCACACUAAAUCGCUAGCCGUUUUAAUGAUAAAACUUUCGAGCCACGAAUUUCUUUGGAAUCUAAUGUCCAACCAGAUCAUAGUUGCUGAGUCUACGAUCGUAAGGUAUAGAAAAAUUAAGAGACGUAUCGAUUUUACUUGUCUCAUCACUGCUAACUGGUACUGAUAUUUACACGCCUUUGAAAAAGACCUGGUAAGUCUUAUGCUCACAAAUACCUUAGUGUUUUAUGAUUGAUGUACUGGGUUAACCGAUUGUAACGGAAUUCCUUGUAGUGACAAAGAAAGUUCAUUAUCAGAGUCCCACAAGAAUCACCACUUUCGAUAUAUCUGGCCAGAUCAAAUCUUAAAGGUUGUUGAAAAUGGAGAAAAACAACUAAACUGAUCGAAAAAUCCAGACAAGACUCAAGGCAGACAACACUUCACAGUAGUAUUCAAAGAAAUGGAUGUGAAAAAGACAUCAGAACAGACAAAAUAGUAUGAAGAGACAAAAUGAAUAGAUGUUCAAGACUCCGAGAAUGACGUUUUCAGAACUACGUCAUUGCGUCAUAUCACCAGUCUCUAACCAAGCGUAUGCACAGCCUUGUGGAUACAGACCAGAAUCAAUGCCUUCAUGAGUAGUGCAACGUCCAGCUUUCUCCAUCCUUAGCUGCUCCCAACCCAGUUUAAUUUCGGCUAACAUCGCAAGUACAGAUAAACUCCAACCUAAAACGCAGGGGAAAAUGAUCGUCCUUCUGUCCCAAGGUGCAAUCAAGUCUGCUUCAAAGCGCCAAAACUGGAAGUGGUGACCACCAUAGUGUAAAUAACUCACGCUGUGGUGCAAGUCUGAAAGUUCAAUAGUGCUAUCGGUUUCACGCGAUGCGAAAGCAUUGUUUAUUUCUGAAGAAUGACCAGAAUUUAAUGUUUAUGAUGCUUUUCUUUUUGGAGAUGGUGGUUUGGAUAUGUCGAUCAUAAAAAAGAGGAAUUUUUCAUGCUCAACGGUCUUCCAUUGUCAGGAGGAGAGAUUUCCUAUGCUUAAGAGGAACAUUAUUAUCUUAACGCGUGAAACCAAAUUCAGAGAUCUCUCUCGUGGACUACAGAGUUACGCAAGAAUAACACACUUCUUUUCAGGUACUUCACGCAAACUCCCACGGCAUCAGAAGCAGGGAACCACCAACAAUACUAGCAAUAUUCAAAGUGAAAUUAACUCCCUUGGCUUCAUCUUACCUAACCGUCACUACCUGCCUUUUUCACAUGUCAGCCCCCUUCGGUUUUCUCAGCUUUUUACCCUGCGUUUAUAGUUAACGACUGCAGUCAACAAAACACCAACCCGUGCCUUUUCGAAAUAUGCAGCCAAAUUCACAUUAGAAUUUCUGUCAUCCAAACCUUAUGGCAAAUGAAGCAGCAGGCCUGAACCAAAGUUGCGGAAUCUAAAGACAUGGAUUUGUCCUGCUUAUGAAACAAGCAAAUGCGAUUCAAGUGUCCCUGCACAAUGUGGGAAUUCUGCAAAAUUACCCUAUGGAUGUCCGUAAGAAAAUUCGACUUCUUAGCAUAGACUUUCCAGUCCAGUACCACUGACAAACAAAAUCAACGUAAAACCUUACACAGAAGCUCGUCGGUUCGAAUGUCCACGUUGCACAACAGCAUGCGAAUAACGAGUGAGGGAAGUGUUAUUAAAGUAGACAAAGACGCAUAAGGGGAAAAGAGGUUUGAGAACCACAGCGAGUGAGAAUAUUUGGAACUUUUACGAAGUCAGAGUUAAAUAAAUCAGUAAACUGGUGACCAGUUUACAGCUAUAUCACCAAACCCCGAACCACUGAUCCCCAUUAUCUUGAGAACCAUAGUCAACCGGACUAAACCUAUCUAAACAGCUCAGACCAACAGUCAAGUUUUGGUCUAGCCACCCCGGCUGACUGCAUCACGAAAUUCGCUUUUGCAAGGUACAUGGAAAAGACUAGUUUUGUGGCCGCAGAGAUUUUGAGACAUCUGUCUGAAGCCGACCACACUGGGCCCAUCUAGAAAUAAGAUUUUAUAGCACUAGUACCGAAUGGGAAAAACCCAUAUCACCAGCAGCGGAAUAAUACAGGGUACAGACUGUGCCAUCGUUGAGACCAACCUUUCCUAAUCCGUUCCCAUAGAAAGGGCAGGACCAUCAUCGUACAACUAGCCAUCCACGUGAAACACUUACUGUCAUCACACAUCUGGUCAGCAGUUCGACUUUACCUUAAGAUCCCAAACAUAACGUAGCUACUUGAUUUAUGGUGGUCCCCGCUUUAUCUCACCAAUAUCCAACAGGUGUUUAUCUCGUAGUAAAAUCUCAAGGAACAAACGACUCAGUGAGCAUACCUCGUCGAAAUAUUCACCCAUCGAUGUGAGUUCAAAUGACGCAAAGCAGGAAAUCUGCCGAAAACCAUCGCGGCGACUGGAACCGUGAAUACAUCACUGAGAAGCAGUUCAACUGACCUCCAAUCACACUUUAUUCUCUUGACUUCGAGCUCAAACCUAAGUGAGGUACAAAUGUCGGUCCAACUCUCAAUACAGUAAAGGCCGUCUCAAAACUGAAACUGUCCAGAAAAGGAACUAACAGUAUGGCGCCAGAAACCUCAACGGAUGAUGAUCUAAAGCUAUUCGGUAGAGUAACAGCCGUACUAGGUAUCGAAGCGUUAUCAGAGUUAAUCCUGUGAAACAAAAUUCAUUAAAGAUUGUUCAUCGUCCAUGUCCAUCUAGAAAGGGAGUUUUAAGUUGACAAGUACAGUCGGAAAUUUCCCUAACAUGCUGCUCAAGAUCUUUGAAUUCAACAGUUACUUAACAUCCAGACAGCGCUCGAGAAUGAUAAACUACAAACGACUACGCAGGAUGCAGAAGUAUACGAGGCCGUAUCCAUCAUAUGUUCACCUUUCAUGAUCUUCUCAACACAGACACGCCGGUGACUGACAUUUUUCUUACCUGAUAGUUGCAUUCAACUCUACAAUCUAAGAAGAGUUAUAGAAGUCUCUGGCUGUGAAAGUAAUAUCGAGUGAAUAAAUUGUGCCGAUAGUCUAUCCGACUUCAUGCCGACAAGUGAAGGGCUGUAUACCAUUGUCCCCUGAAGUAACAACAGCCAAUGAUCCCCACCAAGGAUGUCCACUACCGCCACUCCUACUUAACUUUGUAGUAAAUGUGCUGAUGCAUACAAUAUUUGUUUAGCUAAAGUGACAACGUCGACUUAAACACCAGCAUAGGAGCCUUCGGUUCACAAUCUUCAAUCAAAUCUGUAGACUGAACGAGAGAUUAGCAUCGUAUGGCCUUAAACAUAGAGUCAGGGGAGUUCCAUGACACACCUAAACGCGACUUUCCAGACAACACCUAUUUUGUUGGCUAGCAGCACGCCUGCUAGGCGUUGAGAUCGGCGAUUUCGUGGUUGAUUUUAGAAAACAUAUUUACCUCUUAAGCAACUGAUUAUUGUGUGCAGAAAAUACUUCUUAUUUUGUACCUUGAGGUAAACACGAUGCUCAAUUACUGAUGAAAUGAUGUUACAUUCGCUCAAGACAGUUUACUUGAAGUACAAGGAUGGUAGCUGGGAAAGAUAACGCUAUUGAUGCCGAAGAAAUUUAGAUCGAUUAGCAUUCCCCUGUUAAACAAUGGUGUGAAGCUUGGAAUUAAGUUUGGGGACUAAAUAAUCAAUAAGUCAGCAACCCACUGACAAGACAGACGUUUUGGAACGACAAGGUGGAACACAACGCAAACAAUAAAAUUUGUCUAUAAUUAUGAUUUGAUUGCCGCUAUCUAUUCGCAGUCAGAGUGCAACGAUUCCCAGAGCCCCGACUGGGUUAUUAGUUACGGUAUCCGAAUCAUGUGACACGCCCAUAAUCUAUCUUGCACAUUGACUGCUCCAUCCCACAAGAAAAAACACCGUCGUGUGAUAACGGAAGAGAAAUCAGCUCGAUCAAUAACAACUUCCAAGAUACUAGGUUCGGCAACCACCUGACUACAGAAUGGAGCCUUUCAAUGUCAAACCGAAGGAAACUAACUAGGUAUAAGAUCCGGUUGUUAAUUCGCUUACCAAAUAAGUCUUUAGCUCAUAACAAACCUUGAAACACCAGCAUAGCAGGGAUCGAUACCCUUAAAGAAUUCUCAAGGUACGCAGGUAUCAUAAUCCAGUCGGGUAAAGAUACUGGUAGGAUUCAAAAUAUAUUGAACACGUUGGGCGACAGGCUGAGAAUAUCUGAGGCAUGCUACUCAUCUAAACGCAAAACGGUGCUUAAGGACCGGUCUAUAUUGACAUCUCUCCCGACAAUCGAGUGGUCGACCACUUCACCCAAUUGGAAAUUCGGACCCGUCUUGGUGAAACGGUGCUCAAGAUGUUAGUACGAAUACUAAAGGCUCGAUUGCUUCUAAUCAAUUCACGUAACCGAUAGUUCCGGCGAGAUAUCCGAAUGCCCAUCAAAUGUUGAGAGCCUUACACAGGCAUUCCCUCAGUUCCAAACUGACUUUCAUUUUGUCGUGUUCAACCAGUCUAGCAACCCUAAUGGUUACACAGCGAUACCAGGUCACUGUCGACAAUGAUGCGUAACCAGAUAAAUUACCUCAUGAUGUUUGCGCAGAAGCGGCUAGUCUGACUUUGGUUGGACUGUACUAAUCUGUCUAUUUCGUCUCGCCGGAACUAUUCAUUUACGAAGACAUUAACUUCCGGUAAACAUGUCGCCGCGUCUCUUACCUGAAUUUCAUAUUGAGGAACACACCGAACCUGUUAUGUAAACAAGCGUGUAGCACAAAUCCACUGACUCCCGAAAGUAUGACAAGAUAAUCCCGACCAUAUCUUGUUUCAGAUCAACGGAUGUCAUAAUCCAAGCUUAACAUGCCAGUACGAUCAGUAUUUAAAGCACGAAUUUCCUACAAGUUAUGCAUGUGUGAAGAAUAAAUGAUUUCCCGAGCACCUCUACUUAACUGUUUUAAGAUUUUCAAGUGGAACAUACAAGUCAAUCGGGCAGUUAUCGUGUUAUUGUAAUGGUUUACAACCCAACCGAUGUAAACAGCUGUAGUGUUGAGACCCAACGAUUUUUCCCAUAUACAUCGAUUAUAUACAUUCAUUACGCAGUGCCUCUGGAGUUAUUGCCAAGCUAUAGGCAAUCCACGCUAUUAAAUGUCUCUUUAAAAAACCAGUGAAACCAACUUUUCUACGAGUUACUUUUGACAAAGUAUUGGUUCAUUAUGGAGUUGGACUGUCUGAGGUCUUAUUAAAAGGUAGUACUUUAGACUCAAUUGUAGUUGGCGUAAUUCAGAACUCUAUAGCACUAAGGUAAGCUUACAGACAAACGCACAUACACUACAAACCUUCAGAUUUGGUUGUUCAGUGGAACUGAGUCACAUACAUUUGUCUGUACAAAAAGCAUCAAUAAUGCAAUUUUAAAGACACUUCAGACGAAAUAUACCCACUGAUAUUAGAACAGUCGGUAACGUGUUUCAAAAGCUUUUUCUAAUGUGCAAACAAUAUCGGAAAUGAUAAACCCUACUGUUCUCUGGGCUUAAAUUUCAAAAAGACAAUUCGUGAAACGGCCACAGGAUACAAGAUAUCGGGAACCAUUGGUUCGAUUAAUGCUUAUUUGAUCCGAUAGUAGAAUGUUUCACUCUUGAAUGCAAAGGCUGAUGAAAAGCAUGUUUGAAAAACGUCAACUAAAUGCAGCUCGAAGCCUACCCCUCAUCAAAAACCAACUAAGGCCAUGUGACUGAUCAAUUCCUGACUCAAUGACAGCAAUAGCAACCGUAUUCAUAUUUACCAAGUUGUAAUUAGUCCAUUGCUUUGGUUGACUGAACUGCUAGUUAAUAACAUCUCAGUAACUAGCCAAGGAAGUGUCACUUCUUGCUUCUGGUAUUUCCAAUGUCCUUCGCUACACAGAUAUUAAUUAGUAGUCAUUAUCACCACCCUUUUCUUUCGGACAACGUAGAUCACUCACAACUGUGAAAAAUUUUAUUCUUAGUCGGUCAGGUAAUACCACUUAGAUUUGUCACCUGCUUGUUUCCCAUACGUAGAGUGAUGUGUACCUUAAGGUUUGAUACCCAGAGACAACGUCCUUGAUGUGUUAGAAAAUUAUCACUUGCCAUGUUUUCUUAUCAAUGUAUCGGGAAUCUUUCAGCCUAUGUCCGCACAUUCCUCAAUAUCGAUCUCACAAUAGGUAGUGAUCUGCUGAGAUAAUCUUUUCCAUCAAUAUAAGCAGAAAACAGUGAGGAAAUAACACCACUUCCUGUCAGAUUAGUCAGCCGAAAAAGGGUAGCUUGAAACACCUAGCGGGAAAGAGAUCUCUUACCAAAGAAAAGACCAACUAGUCAGUUGUGUUGAUGCCUCAGUCCCACUUGAUGCACAAGAGAUAUGAAACAAAUGUUUGCCAACUUGCGAACUUAAAUAAGGUCAACUCCAAUAAAUCCUUAACAAGAAUCUCCUACCACUGGUUCACAAAGGAACUGUUUACAAUGUCAAACUCCCACCUUCCUUUGUCACUGAAAACGUAUCCAAGUUUUCACAGUGGUUUGGAGAGAUGCACCACCAUUAACUAUUAGAGGCUUGACGUUUGAUCAGGCUAGGAAGCGACCGCCAACUUUGAGACGCAGCGCACAAGACGCACCAAUAAAGUAGGUAUCAAGAUUUCAACUGCGCGACCUUUCAGCCGAAAAAAUCGAAUCACAAAAAUGGGUUGUGCUAAUAGCUUUGUAUAUUUAGGCCUUAGAAUGUGGCUGGUAUCUAAAAUCAACGUAGUUGAUAGCCCGGAAAUGAACCAUGAUGUUGAGUAGAAACGCCCUGCUUCAGCAUUACAUGACAGGACUUCCAAUGGACGUUACUUGUCACAGCAUGCGCAACACAAAGAGGGAAAUGAAUACGAAUCACAACUAGCAAGACAACACUAACGCCAAAAGCAUACGUACACGGUACUGAAUCAAUCAAAUUUACUUUUCACGUGACAAUGUAUGAAAGCAUGCACAAUUGUCAUUUCAUAUUCAAGACUUGAAAAACCAAGUAGUUGACUUGAGUGUUUUAGGAAAAGGAAAUACGAAACAAAAUGAUUUCGUACAUACGCUUGUUCAGAAUUUCAGAUAAAAUAUGCGCAAAAUCUUUUUAGUGAGGUUAUGAACCGAAGCAAUACAUAUUUGCCCGAACCAAGCAGUACAUACUCGGAUAUUAGAUAGGAGAAUUGACUUUGGACAACAUGAAAUAUCUGUCACAUUAGAGACAGAUGGUAGUAACAUGUCAACUUUAACAGCAGACUUAUGGUAGUAAUAAUAGUUAAAGAUGAUACAAUGACUACCUAAAUGAACAUAACUGUGAAGAUAUAGAAGUUAGUAUGUCAAGAGAACUUUGCAAUAAUUCGAAACAAAAAUUAAAAUGAUAAAACGAUAAAUUGCACUACUGGUGUGCACCUACAUGACUCUCGGGAACGUUAUGUUAGUUAAUUUAAUUAUCCCUAAAAGCAACUCUGGCCAAAAUAGCAAGCACCAGCGACAAUCAC